AUGACGCAGCCCUCGGCAACCUUCCAUCAUGUGGACAGAAGCUAUUACCCACUCGAGCAGUUCCUCCAUCGUGCCAAUGCUGACCCGGACAACAAGUCCUACCUCCGGAACCUACACCAAGUAUACAUUAUGGUCGAUGAGGCUGGGGAACUUGACGACAGCGACUUCUACAUACAUAUCGAGUUCCUUGAGAGCUUUCAAAUGUUUGACAAGCUCCCAUCGAUUGAAUCCGUCGGCAUCGAUGCCUUCAGAGACGACGACCAGGAUGAGCCAACCAUCGAGCAAGGGACGUCCAACUUGAGCAAGCUUUACAUCAAUCACUCGUCUCUUAACACCCAUUGCAUUGCUCGUGCAAUAUUAUCCUGCAGAGUCUUGAAGGAACUUCAAUAUUCGAUUGAAGGUAGAGCAGAGCACGAGCGCGAUAUGAAGGGACCGUUAAAUGAACGAACAUUUACCAAAGCGAUAUUAGGACACAAAACAACUCUCGAGAGCCUCGAUGUUGAUGUCGGAAAAGAUACUUCCUACCUUGAUCGAGGCCGCGAGGACCGCAUAGAGGAUGAGCGUGAGAGCAGGGUCAUGGACUACGACGAAGAAGAUGAGAUCAGCCAAUUCCUCACAUCAUUCUGGGGAAAUAGUGGCUCACUCAAAGACUUUGGUGCUUUGAAGCGUUUGAGUUUGGGAAUCGGCCUCUUGCUCUAUCUUGCCAAAGGUGUGAGUGGAGCCCCGGGAGAAGAGGAGGAGCAAGUCAUGCUGGCAGAUUGUCUCCCUGAUAACCUAGAAUACCUGUGUAUUCGGGGAUACCAGAGGGGCGAGAUUGAGAAGUGUGAUGCGCAAAUUGAUGCUCUUAUGGCUGCUUACAAGUCGGGACUCACUGGGCUAAAAGAGAUCAGAGGGGUUGAAGAAAUGAUCCGGUAUGCGGAGAAUGUGGAAGAUCCAGAUGAGGAUGGGGACUUAUUGUGGACCUUGGAAGGCGCUGGGUAUGGCCGUUGA